GAGGCAGAGAGGCUGGGGGCUGAAUGGAUUGGCAUAAGAGGGAUUUACAUUUUAACUGGUGCUGUGCUCCGUGAAGACUACACGGUGCUGCACGCUGAAAAGCAACUAUACCGACGCGCUCGACAUAUGUUCACGUCGGUGCUUGUAUCAUGUCCAUGUGUCACCGUCGAGAAAGGAUUGAACUUGCCAGCAGUCUAUAUUUGCCGAGGAGGGAAACCAAUACAAGGUCUCGCUGUCUCGCUGGAGCGGAGUAUUAUUAGCAGUUCAGACAGUGCAACUGUCUCUCUCUGGUCAUGCACUGCAAUUACACAAUAACUACAGCAUCAUAGUUUACAGUUCAAGAAAAAAAUACACAAGAAGAAGAUUUUUGAAAGUUAAAAUUGUUUACUGAUUAAGAGUUAAACAUUCAUCUGGCUCCCAUGCUGGCUUUCAGAAAUCCUCCCCUCCAUACCCUCAGCCAUGCCUGCUACUACCAAACCCACCAGGAGACAGACACCUGCUCAGAGAAAAAAUGGCCAGAAAGUGAUCAACAGCAGGAGGCAAACUUGUAACUCAAAUAAACCCAGGGGUAGAGCCACAGAGAGGUUCCAGAAAACACCACCAGCACCAAAAAGGUCGACAGCCAGGGCUCAGGCGCAGUCGGGUCAAAGCCCCCGUGGGAGAGGGGUUUGCGGACCUGCUGGUCAAGGCCCUGGGAGGUCGCCUGGCAGAGUUAACCAUGCCCUUAAUGUAACAGGAUCUGCGAGGCUUAGAAGGCUGAGUAAUCCACCUGACCACUGUGGCGAGUUAGAAGACUCCCUAGGGCGGAGGAAGUCCCUGCGUGGAGCAUUGGUGUCUACUACUCCCUGCCAGCCUCCUAAACCUAGUAGAGGAGGGAGAAACAGCAGGGGGAGCGGAGGGAGAGGACCAGCAUCAGAUAGCUUAAGAAACCAGUCUACAAGCACCACAAUCAAGGAAUCAACUCCUGAUGAUAGAAAUAAGAAACUGGACACCUGUGAUGCUGAAGAGAUCCUUCCGGUUUCUCUGAAAACUGAUUUUGAAGUCCCAGCUAAGAUAAAAGAUCAGGGUCUAACAGUCAGUAAUGCUAAAGAGGGCAGCCCUCUUAAAGCUGAUUCACCACCGUGUAAUGACACACUGGAGGACUGUAUGCAGUGCAGCUGUGACAGUACCAUAACAGAGCUGGACAAAAAGACUGUCAGCCAUAACAGUGAAGAAGUUCUGAGGUGUGUGACUGGGGCUUCUGUGUGUGAUGAUGUUGAUGGACAGCUCAAACUCUGCAGUGACAGAAGUGAGAAUGGCCCCUCUGAGUUCACUACGGUAACGAGUAGUGGCUCACCACUGGUGCACGGCCACAGCAAGGGUAACGACACUUCACCUAUCGUAGGAAAGAAGCUUGACCAUCUUAUCAGUGAUCGUAAGCAAGAUGAUGUGCUCACUCUCCACGAAGAGGAGGGCAACAUGCGGGACUUAAAAGAGAAUGGGACAGGAGAACAAGUGAUUGUUGACACUGAGAGGAAAGAUGAGAAAAUCGUAAAUCAUGAGAGAAGGGAGAGUUUAGAGGCAGAGAGAGCUGCUGAAAGAAUAGACAAGACUGAGGAAGAGAUGGAGGAGAUUGUUAAGAGGCUGGGUAAUUGUGAGGGAGAAGAGGGAGGACACAAAGAAAAGAAGAAUUAUGUUUUCAUCAAUCCUGCUGACGCCCACCCCAGCACUUCUGCCUGUCAACCCUCAGAUGAACCUCCCUCUAAUGAUGUUCUGACAGCACAGUCAGAAUCACUUGUAAGGGUGCUACCUGUCUCCAACACAGCUACCUCAAAUCCCACCAAAGCCCCCACCACCUCAGAGUUACCUGAACUAGAGGUUCUGAGCCAGGGUAAGACAGACAUGCAACCUACCAUUCAAGGUGCUAAACCUCAAUUCCCAGGGUGCUAUGCUGUCCCUGACACUGCCCUGUUGUCACAGACUGAUCUAUUGACACGGAGUACGCCGGUUAUUAUCCGUAGUGACUCCCUCAAACCUUGGAGCUCGAGGGAUACAAUACAGAAAAAAGCACAACAACUGCAAAGCCUUGAGAGUCCUUCUCAGGUGGAAAGACAAGCUUGCACACCAGCAGAGACGCAGACCAAAGAUAGUGAAUCUAAUCGAGAGCCAUCUGAGCACCACAACCAGAAAGAGACUUCUUUGCUGCCAGUGUCACUAGUUCCUCAGUCGAGCACAGAUGCCCUGACAGCUGAGCGUGACCCAAACCUCAGCGAGGACAGUGUUGUGGUAGCAGUGCCAGAGCAGGACUUGGUGCCAAAGAUCUCGACUCCCUCUGUGGACAGUAGCUCCACAUUCUCCUGCAGCUCGGAAAGUACUCGCUCCUCUUUUUCUUUUGACACUGAAUCAGAAGCAGGGUACGGAGAGCCCAGCCCCUCUGUUAUGCCAGGAUCCUGGGGGCCGGAGGGGGCCUGUUUGCCCUCCUGGACCACUCCGAAAUCACAGAAGAAGGAGAGGAAGAAGCGGAGCAGGUGUGGGACGUGCGAGCCAUGCCUGAGGAAGAUCAGCUGUGGCCAGUGCAGCUGUUGCCUCAACCGCAGGACUGGCCACCAGAUCUGUAAGCUGAGAAAGUGUGUGGAGCUAAAGAGAAGAAGAGUUUCAUCCCCACUCACUCUGUCUGCUGCACAGGUGGUUACAGAAAGUGGGUCGGUAAAUGGCAAAGGCAAGGCACAGAUGGAUGAUACCCACAUGGCAGCAGAGGAGGAUGAGGGGGAGGAAGGCCACAUACCUCAUACAGAAGCGCCCCCCGUUACCCACUUGUUCAAUCACAACCUGGCCUCGGACCAAGGCGGACGGCCGGCACUUAUUAAAAGAGAGUCCGAGCUGGAGCUGACCAGCAUUGCACUUCACCAACACAUAUGCUCUUCUGUGACUUUUCAGAAUGGUUCUGCUGAGAACCUGACAAAACCCAACGGUGCUAAAAUGACUACCGGGUCGCACUCUGAUCCAAAGUCGGCAUAUCAAAGGACUAUGAUGGUAUCAGAGUCUCAAAGGACUAUAAUAGCUGCCAUCCCUAAAGACUGCUCUGAGGAUGGACCCAAGACUCCUCCAGAUGACACGUCAGUUCCACUAAAGAAGAUCAAACUGGAGGAGCCGUGGGUGUGGAUCACUGAACAGGCCACCACACAGCUGAGUGAUGAGGAUGAGGUCUGCGAAGACUCGCUGUCCACGCUGGCAGCUGUGGUGUGUCUGUCUGUCACAGAGAGGAAGGGACUGGAGGAGAAACUUUUCAGCUCACGUUCUUCCAUUCUUCGCUCCAUCAAAACUGAACCACCAGAUUUGCACUUUGUUAAAAAAGAGCCAGAGGACUUGAAGAGUGACUUGUGUCAGAAAAGCACUCCUGUUAACCUGCAAAAAACUCCCCAGAUUAUCAAAAAUGAACCUCCUCCAAAUGACUUGCUACCAAGCGUGCAGUCUUUGGCAGAGAGGAGAAAUCUUAGUUUUGAUCAGGCUAUUGCUAUUGAGGCCUUGACUCAACUGGCAGCUAUACCUCAAAGAACCCCCGGGUCCAAUAAAACUGAAAGUAAGUGUGAACAUCCCAUUUCUGCGGCUGCCCCACUAACAACCUCCAAUACAAAUACACUUCUGCAAGAAGCCAAACCCACAGCAGCUAUCCGCUAUAAUAAAGUCUCGGUCAUCAGCUCACCACUUCACCAGACAUCAGUUAUACGCCCUCCUGUGGCCAGACAAGGGAAUGUCAUCCAGUGCUCCCAGGGGCCAAGCUCCAACACAACGCUGUCUCUGCAGGACCUCUUAGAGGCCAGCUCAGACAGUGAUAAAAGACCCUGCAGCAGGAUAGAGCAGGGCUACGGCUCUCAUGUCAUCAAGUCAGAAUGCAGCUAUAAAGAUCCCAGUGACAUAAGGUUCAGUAAAGAUCAUGAGAGGCUGUUUGGGGAGGACAGAGAGAGGGUUGUUAAAAUGAGAAACAGAGAUGAGGAGGAGGUGGCAGCUCAGCUGGCUGACUUGGCCUUCAUCAUCCAGUCCCGACACAACCUGCAGUCAGAGAACAGUCCUCCAAAAGGAAUGCCUGUGUCAGCCAUCAAAUACAACUUCAACUCACAGCUACCACCCAGUCAGAAAAAGACCCUCACAAAGAAAACAAAAGCUACACCUUCCAAGCCCAGGAAGAAGAAGAUAAAUGAUGGGCUACAAGAGGGAAUUAACCGCAGGACCCCCCUCUCAAAACGCAUGCCAAACGGUGAGACGCCCAACAGGAGCAGAGGCCAGAAGACUCUUCCACAGGGGAAAUCAGGUCUUUCCCACAAGAGGAACCUGUUUCUGCCUCAGGCUCAAAUUGACCUGAAGAGAUACUUAGCUGAAGCUCAGGAGGUAGAGAGGCAACUUAUCCAUCACAGUAAUGCAAACAAUACAGGCCUCUUAAGGCCACAGACUCAGAACUACAGCACUCUCACAAGGAUGAACCACACUCUUGGUCAAGAGAACCAGCCAUGGUCCCUUUCAAAUGGUCCACUCCACCACCAUAAUCCAUGUAAUGGUUAUAUUGCAGGACCGGGGCAGGAGUGUGAAAGGCGUUUGUUUACUCAGGUAGCGCAGCACGGUGCUGAUCCUAACCCCAGCCCAGCCAAUACUGCUUCCCUCAGCCACAACACUGGGUACAGUGGACUGGCUAAUGGUUUCUCAGGGGCUCGGCAGUCCCCUCCACCAAGUCAGCAGGGCUACUACAAGCUGGAGAGGUCUGGACCCAUCACUGUCCUGUCCACGUCUGCUGAUACAGAUCUGGGCCACUCUGCGGAGUCUACUCCAUCCAAGAACAGCGUCAACAGCUUUCUGGAGUCUCCAAUGAGUUAUCUGGACACCCCCACCAAGAACCUGCUCAAUACACCUUCCAAAAAACUGUCUGAUCUUCCUUCUUGUCAAUGCAUGGACCAAAUCAUUGAAAAGGAGGAAGGCCCUUACUAUACUCACCUUGGGGCAGGACCUAGUGUUGCUGCAGUGAGGGAGCUGAUGGAGAACAGGUAUGGUGCCAAAGGAAAUGCAGUAAGGUUGGAAGUUGUUGUUUACACUGGGAAGGAAGGAAAGAGCUCCCAGGGCUGUCCAAUAGCUAAAUGGGUGAUCCGGCGCAGUAGUGAAGAGGAAAAGCUGCUGUGUUUGGUCCGCCAGAGGCCAGGGCACCACUGUGACUCUGCCGUGUUGGUCAUCCUCAUCCUGGCGUGGGAGGGAAUCCAUCGACCGGUGGCAGACCAUCUCUACCGGGAGCUCACAGAUACACUCUUUAAAUACGGCUCCCCCACCAGCCGCCGCUGCGCGCUCAACGAAGAUCGUACGUGCGCAUGCCAGGGUUUAGACCCGGACACCUGUGGAGCUUCAUUUUCCUUUGGCUGCUCCUGGAGUAUGUACUUCAAUGGCUGUAAGUUUGCUCGUAGCAAAGUGCCCCGCAAGUUCCGUCUGAUUGGAGACUACCGGCAGGAGGAGGAGAAGGUAGAGAACAAUCUUCAGAAUCUUGCUUCUGACAUCGCACCACUCUACAAGAGACUGGCUCCUGAAGCCUUUCAAAACCAGGUGGAAAAUGAGAGUUCAGGGGCAGAUUGCCGACUGGGCUGGAGGGAAGGACGUCCAUUUUCAGGAGUCACAGCCUGUGUGGAUUUCUGUGCUCACGCUCACAAGGACACUCAAAACAUGAAUAAUGGCAGCACUGUAGUUUGCACUUUAACCAAGGAAGAUAACCGUGCAGUCCGUAACAUACCAGAAGAUGAGCAGCUCCACGUUCUGCCACUAUACAAGAUCUCUGACAGGGAUGAGUUUGGUCAUGUUGAAGGACAGUGGGCCAAGAUGCAAAGUGGUGCUCUGCAAGUUCUAUCUUCCUUUCCCCGAGAGGUGCGUCUCCUGGCUGAGCCAGUGAAAUCAGCCCGUAAGAUAAGACAAGAAGCUCGUCUGAAAGCUCAAGCAGAGCGGAUGGAGAAGAAGCUCGGGCUAACCCCUCUCACUCCUGCGAAAGUGAAAAGUGAAACCCCCAACAAAGACCCACAGGCCUAUUACAGCUCUUACAAACUACCACCCAGACCUGCCAGCGUUGGAAGGUACCUACCAGAGAGGAAUCAACCCAGCACUUAUAGCCAGAGCACCAGCAGCUAUCCUACUCCGGGUACAGGGGUCACCCCACAGAGGGAGGUCAUCUCCCCCAACCAUCACGGCCUGCCUGGCCUCCAGUUUGGACAGAAUGGUUUAGCUCUCACUUAUAAGACAAUGAAUGAAGCAGUUAAUGGUAAUUCUUCUACAUGUGGUGACCAGAAUGCUCCCAAAAACCAGUUUGGGCACCCAUCAGAACAUAUACCUCCACAUCAUGCCCUUAAUGACUACCCCCAUUCUUUUAAAACUGAGCCCAACGAGGUGCACUGCUCUCCUCUGCGGAGACCUUCCCCCACUGGGAGUGCUCCUCCUCCCUCCUCCUUCUCCCCCAGACCUACCUCUGAGGGCCUCUUCAGCAGGCUCAAUGGACUCCACAGGGCUGCAGGAGAUGUCGGCGCAGAGGUCAGGGGCCACGGCCUCACUCCGCUCUCAUCUCUCCCCCUUCCCCCACAAACGACCCCCCUUGAACCAGAGGAAGUUAAGCAGGAAGAGGUGUGGUCAGACAGCGAGCACAACUUCCUGGACCACGAUAUAGGCGGAGUAGCCGUGGCACCAUCACAUGGCUCCAUCUUGAUCGAGUGCGCACGGCGGGAGCUCCACGCCACCACUCCUAUCCUCAGGCCAAACCGGAGCCACCCCACACGCAUCUCCCUGGUCUUCUACCAGCACAAGUCCUUGAAUGAGCCAGGCCACGGAAUGGCUAUGUGGGAUGCUAAAAUGGCCAAGCGGGAACGGGACAGGGAGGAGGAGGCAGAGAGAUUAAGGAUGGAGGAGGUGGGGAAGAAUGGCAAUGGAGCCGGAGGUGCGGAGCGAGAGGAGGAGGCGGGGGAGGAGGCAGAAGAGAUGAGGAGGAGGAUGAAUGUUCCCACACGUCAAGCAUGGACUCUUCCGAGGGAUGGUGUCAUCACCGUAUCCCCUUAUGCUCUUACCCAAGUGACGGGCCCCUACAAUCGCUGGACUUAGUCAACAUAUUUUACACAAACACACACACACACACACACACACACAGAAAACUCCUACACCCUGUGCUUCUGCCUUACCUCAGUCAACUUCAAACUGCUACUCUCAUUUUUACGUCGUUUUCAUUGUGCUUUUCUAAUCUUUUUGUUCACUUUGUCCUCCUUUGUCUCUGCCUUCGAAGUGAUGAGGAAGACCAAAGUUUGUUGGCUUUUUAACUGUGAGUUUUCGGUGUUGGUUUUUAUUGUAAAGAGAUGGUGCUUUGAAGCAUUUUAAAGAUGUUGUUAAACUGGUUUUAUAUACAUGAUUAAGAACAAAAAAGAUGUGAUUAUUUAUUGUGAUCAUAACUAUUUCUAUUUAAUUCCUGGUGUAAGCCUGUUUACUGCAAGAUUUCUAUGAUAACCUGCAUUAUGUGUUGACGCUCAGAAUUUAUGUUGUACAGUAGGACUAUGCUUUUUAUUUCAGCCAGUAGUUCUCUUUCCACAAGAUGAAUCUUACUGGCUUUUACAUUGGUGCCAUUCUCACUGUAACCUUUUGUUAAGCAAACGCAUACAUUACAUAAUGUAGAAAAUAAGACUAAUAUCAUGCAUAUAUUUACUACAGAUUGUCACAUGUAGCAUUGUGCUUUUCCUUCUGCUGCCUCUAACGUCUGCUGGCAGUUAAUGAAAGAAAUGUACUUCUUUGGUUUGUUGUUUUGUUUGUUUUCUCCACAUCUGGAUGGUUUGUCUUUUAUUCACAGAAUAUGUAUGGCAUAUUAAGAAGCACUUUUUUAUUUUCCGAAACUUAACUUGAAAAAAGGUCCCAAUUCAUAGGCCUAAAUAUGUAUGUACAAAUAGAGAUAUAUAAAGCCUCUUUCACACAUAGUUCCCGGUAAAACUGGGAUAACCUUUCAGGCACCGCAAGUGAUUUUCACUAUUUACUCAUGCAGCUAAAUUCAGGAACAUUUCCGUCUUGCACCUUUUUACACAUGCAAUGGCAAUGCCAGAAUAGAUGGGGCAAGGUGCUGUCCAGCAGAUGGCGGUAAUGCAACACUUUUGAUUGCCAACUUUCAUAAAACCCGAUUGAGGUAAAUAAGACGGGGCAAGGCCGUAUGUACAUGUACACAUCGAAAACAUUGGCAUGGCAACCAUUAACAUGUAAUAUGAUAAUAAUGCGUCAUCAUUGGAGUCUAGUGAUUGAUUUGCUCGCUCCAUGUGAAAGCUUCUUCUGUCCCUGCAAUAUUACUGCUUUCAUUCACACCACAGCUGUACCAGCAUUUUCAAGUUGGGAAACUGACAGUACAGAUUUUCCAGAAUUUCGGUCUCUGCUCCCAUUCACGCGUAUAACCCCAUGCAGGAAAUGUUCCUGAAUAUUUCAGGGAUAGACUGCAUGUGUGAAAGGGGCUUAACCAGUUUAGCAUGAACCUUGUUUUUAUUUCACAGUGUUUCUGCAUUUUUAUUUUGAUUGAAAUGGCAUACAUAUCUAAGGAAAGUAUCUCUCUAAAAACUUAGAAUAAUGAGGAAUCAGAAUGAGAAAUCAUAAAAUGCUGCAACAGUAAAGUCUUCAUCAUUGUUAGCACUUACUUUAUGUCGGAAAGGUGCUUCAGUGGGAACAAACACUUGAUCAUAGGAUUACACAAAUUCUGACUUACUGUACAUUUUAAUGGUGCUAAUGAGACCUCUCUUUUCUUCACAGAAAUCACAUGUCAGAGGUGUCAACUGAAUAUUGCCAGUUUUUAUGUCCAUACUCUGAGUACAAAACUGUGUUAGUUAAUGCUAAAUCAUCCAAAUAUUUCUUCUCUUUCAUCCUCUCUGCUUUUGUUGGAAAACCACUCAUAAACAGUCAUCGGAUCCCACUCAAACUUUUGCCUAAGACAAUUUCGGGUGCUUGACCCUUGUGAAGACUUUGUUUACAGAUAGCUUUUCUUACAGGGUCUGAAUAAGGGGGUUGUUGUCAACUCCUGGUGAAUCAGGAUUUUAUUUUUUAUUACCCACGAAUGAGAAGCUCUUCAGUUUAAUAACUCGCCAGUGAAAUUUCAGCACAAAGACAUUUACUGAUAUUCACACUAACACUGGUGGCAUAGCAUUUUCUUUGAGAAAGGUAUUGGUUAUUUUUACACUUAAACUUCCUUUUGGUGCUAAUAGGACAAGAUGUCAAGAUUCAUCCAUUGACUCAACCAGGUUUUAUACUGAACAGUGAUGGCAUGGUGCUCUUUGGAAACUCAGCACACACUGAUCUUGUAUAUACGUGAACACAAAGGUAGUUUUAUUAUUGCUUUGGAUGAUAACUGACUUGACAACAGACUGAGAUGCUGCAGGAUCUCACCCCUGAUCACGAUGUUUUUUAAGUACCAGUAAAAUGCAAAAUUAUUGUCCAUUCAGAGUUCAAAAGUCUUCCACAGAUAACCAAACUCUCCGACAAUUCUCAAAAGGUCAGUUGAGAAAAUCACAACCUUCAAACAAAAUGAAAUGAAUGUAAACCGUUUUAAAUCAGUUGAUUUAGAAAGAACAUUUUUGAACAUCACAAAACAAAGUUACAGUUGUAAGUGUGUCUUUUGAUUUUCUGUGGAUACAUUUUCAGUCCACAUUAAGCAAGUACAUUGAAAGUCUUUUUUUAUCAACGAGGAACUAACAACUAGCACCAGCAUUCAAAAAUCUGAAAAAAAAAAACUUUUAUUAGUAGAAAAUGUGUAAAUAUGUAUGUGAACCAUAUUGUUUUACUGUACUGUUAAUGGUGUUUAGACAAUGGAUGAUCUUGCUUAUUUUGAAACUGAAUUACUGUACGUUGCUGAAAAUAUAUCCAGUUUAGACUUGAGAAGAGACUAAAUUUAGCAUUCCUUUUAUGGAUGGCUGAUCUCUUUCGGGAUUGUGAAAUAAAGUCAUAUUUAUAUUUUGGACCUGA